AUGUCUUUUCAAGUUACUCCUAUUUGGAUGUGGAAGGGUUCAGGCAAUAACUAUGCUUACCUUCUAACCUGCGAGAAGACCCGCGCCAGUGCCAUUGUUGAUCCUGCUGAACCAACUGCUGUUUUACCUGUUUUGCAAAAAAAGGCUGACUCGAAAGAGAUCGACCUUCAAUAUGUUUUAACCACUCACCAUCACUCUGAUCAUGCCGGCGGAAACGGUGCUGUUUCAUCGAUUUUUCCUUCUGCUAAAGUUUUCGGCGGUAAAUAUGCACAGGCUGUAACUUACACUCCCAAGAAUAAGGAAACAUUCAAGGUUGGUGAAGUUGAGGUGCAAGCUCUUCAUACACCCUGUCAUACUCAAGAUAGUAUUUGUUAUUACGUAUCUACACCUUCCAAGCGUGGUGUCUUUACAGGAGACACUUUGUUUACCGCUGGUUGCGGUCGCUUUUUUGAAGGUGACGCUAGUGAAAUGCAUCACGCAUUAAACACUGUUUUGGCGUCUCUUCCUGAUGACACUAUCACUUAUCCUGGUCAUGAAUAUACCAAAUCGAAUGCCAAGUUUGCAUCCUCUGUGCUUUCAAACCCCGAACUUACCAAGCUUGUUGAUUAUUGUUCCAAGAACGAAUCCACUACUGGUAAGUUUACCCUUGGGGAGGAAAAGCAAUUCAACCCUUUCAUGCACUUGGAUGCUCCUGACGUCCAAAAGGCUGUCAAGUCCACUAAUCCUAUUUCUAUCAUGAACACCUUAAGAACCAUGAAGAACAAAUCUUAG